UAAAAAACUUUGAACAAAGAUUUUUAGAAAAAAUGGGAGACAAAUGAGUAACCAAUCACAAAUCACAAACAAAAUAUUAUGAUAUAAACUUGAGAAGUUGGUAGUCGAAAUCGUUGAACAAAGACUUUUGGAAAGAAAUGGGAGACAGCGAGAAGACGAAGAACGAGGCUCUGCAGAUAAUCGGCCAGCAUAGAGACCUGCCUCGCUUGGUCGUCUUCGAUCUCGAUUACACUCUCUGGCCCUUUUAUUGCGAAUUCGGGGAUGAGGAGGAAGAACCGUAUCUGUACGGUGAGGCAUUAGGCGUUUUGCAUGGAUUGAAGGAGAAGGGCAUUGAUGUGGCCGUUGCUUCUAGAACACCCACUCCUGAAAUAGCCACUGCCUUUCUUCACAAAUUGGGUAUUCACUCCAUGUUUGUGGCCCAGGAGAUUUAUCCCAGUUGGACUCACAAGACAGAACAUUUCCAGAAGAUCCACAGAAAGACUGGGAUACCUUUUACUUCGAUGCUUUUCUUUGAUGACGAGGACAGGAAUAUUCAAGCAGUGUCAAAAAUGGGUGUAACAAGCAUUUUGGUUGAAAAUGGGGUGAACCUUGGAGCUCUGAGGCAGGGAUUGGCAGAAUUUUCUCAAAAGUCGGCUCAUUGAAGUUCAAUUGUUAGAUUAUUUCCCUCACGAUCAUGGAAAUGGAAUGUGACAAACAUGAUAUUCAAUAGAAUUGUUGUGCAGCUAUUAUUUUAUCUUUUUGUUUUUUUUUUCAUUUUUUGCUCUCAAGAAGCUUCUUUUCCGAAGAUUCUCAAACUGAAAGUUCAUUAGUAAAGUAGUUUUUGAAGCGCGCC